AUGCUGAGUGCCCAGGCGCGGCGGGGGGCGGCGCCGCGCGCGGAAAGUGCGGCCGCCAACGCUCAGGCUGAGGCGGGCGCGCGGCCGAGGCGGGAGGCGGGGCCCGGGCGGGAGAUGGGGCCGGCGGCGGCGGCGGGGAGCGGCGCCAUGCAGAGCCUCAACCAGCUGCGCGCCCAGCAAUUCUCGGCACUGACUGAUGUUGUCUUCCGCUUUUUAACAGAGCCCAAGGAGGUAGAAAGGUUUCUGACUCAGCUCUCUGAAUUUGCCACCAUGAAUGAAAUCAGCCUGGGUCCUCUGAAAAAUAUUAUCAAAAGUAUCCUCUUGAUACCUAACGGGGCCCUGAAGAGGAAUCUGUCAUCUGAACAAGUCAGAGCAGAUUUCAUCGCUCUGGGACUCAGUGAAGAGAAAGCCAGUUAUUUUGCAGAGCAGUGGAAGCUGAAUUCCCCCACCCUGACACGCCUGGCUGUUGGACAGACGCUGAUGAUUAACCAGCUUAUAGAUAUGGAGUGGAAAUUUGGAGUGACCGCAGGGAGCAGUGAACUGGAAAAAGUUGGAAGUAUCUUCUUACAGUUGAAAUUGGUGGUUAAAAAAGGAAGCCAAAUGGAUCACGUGUAUGUAGAGUUAACAUUGCCGCAGUUCUACAGUUUUCUACAUGAGAUGGAACGAGUCAAAACCAGUCUGGAAUGUUUCAGCUGAAACCUCAAGGGACUGCAUUUAUACCAUAGAGGGGUAAUUUCUCCUCAUGGGCCAACAUGUCUGAUCUUAACUCUGCAGAUUUGUAACAUAUUGGAUGAAGGUUGCACUGUUUAUUAAACAACACUGUCAAAUAGUUCUGGACCCAGAAUGGAAAUGGUCUUUAAAACUGUUAUAUUUCUGUCUUUCAGAGUCUGAAACUUUUACAAAUAUUUAGUACAAACAGAAGUACU